AAACCUAAAAUGGAAGUUUCGACAACCAUCUUUGGUUUCAUUGUCUAGGCCGAAGAGAGGGUUUUCUUAAUUUCUGGGUUUCUUCUUCUUCCUCCUGAAACCAAAGGACCAAAGGCUACACCGUACUGGAACAGCUCUCCUCUUAUUUGCACUGAAGAUGGGUUUUUGGACUUUGCUCGAAGGCCUUCUGCUAUUUGCAAAUGCAUUGGCAAUUCUGAACGAAGACCGGUUUCUUGCUCCAAGAGGGUGGACUUUGUUAGAACUACAAGGAGGAAGGAGAAAUUCAUUGAAGGGGCAGAUCAUAGGGCUUAUACAUGCAUGCCAGUUCUUGAGACUACCACUCAUACUUUUUAAUAUUGUAACAAUUGUUGUGAAGAUGUUCUUUGGCUGAGGCUUUGAUCAAUUGCAAGAGAAACUCAAAAUAGGUGUGUACAUUGUUUCUGCUUCAUUGAGGGAGAGUGUGUUUGAUGACAUAAUUUAGUGGGUUAAUCCCAAAUUUCAGUGAAAUGCAUAAUCAGUCAAUAUUUAAUCUCAUAGAUUGUAUCUGAAUGUUUAAUAUUUACAAAGUUGACCAAUUUCUUAAACCACAA